UUUUCAUGGCUAUGAGUCUUAUAAUAUAAUAAUGUGUAUGGUUCUAAAAAGGAAGAAGAAGAAGAGAAGAAGUGUUGCAGAACAGUGAAUAGAGAGAAGAAAAGAGAAAAAGGCAGAAAAUGUACACAUCAGCAGCCAUCAUUACAAUCAUCACACCAAAACCAAAUUCUUCUUCAAUUCCUUUCACUUUGUUUUUCUUUUCAACCCUUCUUCCCUCCUUUUUCCUCCUUCUCUUCUAUCUAUCUAUCUAUCUAUAUUUAUACCUUCUUUGCUUCUCUAGUUAAUGAUAUCUUCUUUUCUCUUUCAUUGAUUCAUAGGAAGAACAAGUGUAUAUAUACAUAUAUAUAAGUGGUGAAGUACCAAGUUGAAGAAGUAAAAGAUUAAUCAUGGAAAGAUGUGUAAACUACUAUGUAAUGUUUCUUCUACUGAGUCAGUUCCUAUGUUCAGGUUGUUCAUAUAGGACAAUGAAGGAAGAAAGUAGACAUGUGAAUGUACUAUUAAACGAUGCUCAAAUUUUCACCACACAAAAAGAUAUCACCACUCCAAUUGCAACAAUUCCAAACUUGGUUCCAACCACACCAACUUUUUCAACAUCUCCAUUCAUAAACCCUAAUUCAAACCCUGAUAGUACUAGUGUUUCUCCAGCAUCAACAAUCCCAAUUACUACUCCACCUACCACAGUGAAUUCAUCACCAGUUUCUUCAGGUGCAAGCUGGUGCAUUGCAAGCCCUAGUGCCUCACAAACUUCAUUGCAAGUUGCAUUGGACUAUGCUUGUGGCUAUGGUGGUGAUGAUUGCUCAGCAAUUCAACCUGGUGGAAUAUGUUACAUUCCAAAUACUAUUCAACAACAUGCUUCUUAUGCAUUCAAUAAGUAUUAUCUCAAGAAUCCUGUUCCUAAUAGCUGCAAUUUUGGUGGAGCUGCUCUCAUUACUAACACUAAUCCAAGCACUACUACAUGUCAGUAUCCAUCAACAAGUACUAGUUCAUCAGUAUUGAACACCACAAAUUCAAUCGGUGCAAAUGUGUUUGGUUCAGUUCCAGUGCCUACAAACCCUUCUCCCUCUGCAGCUGCUGACACAUCACAUAGCUAUGCUAAAAUUUGUGUCACACUUUGGAUGAGUAUUUUUAUUUUAAUAUAGCUGUCCUGUAUUCUAUGCUAAUAUAUCAUUUAUUUAUUAUUAGAUAGGAUAUGAGUUUUAUUUAUAAAAUUUUUGCCCCUUGCUACAACAAGACCAUUCAUAGGACAUACAUGGUAGAUACACUGUAGAAAAAUAAAUUGUAUGAUGGACAUUCAUAGAGAUUUAAAGUUAUACAGUAUAUAUGUUUUCCCUUUAACGUCUUUGUAUUGUUAGAA